UCUUAUUGGGUUGCUCACAUCGGAGGCAUGUUUGAAGCAGCAUAGCAUCCGUAACGUUAAGACUGUUGCUAGAGUUUUCGGGGUGACCGUCAUGAACCGAAAGUUAAUUCCCUCGUAUCGAGGUUAUAAAUUGUUCCUUUUUGCCCAGCUUAUUCAUCAACGUCCACAGACAUGCGUGUUCAAGUCAGCGAUCCCGGCCUGCAGGUCAGCGCUCCCAGCCUGCAGUCGAGCUCUCAGCUCCAGCCAGUCCUCUCGGGGGGAUGGAGGCCCUCGGAUGCCUCCUGAGACGGCUGCUGCCACGGAGACGGCUGCCACGGAGACGACUGGCAGCCAGAGCCAGGUUGAGGUGAAGGAAGCUGCUAAAGGGGUGAGUGUGGAGGCCACAGGAGUUAAGAUGGGCGACAGUGACACUGCAGCCGCCGCAGGAGACCCCCAGCUCCACGCAGCCGGCGAGAAAGCAGCUGAGAGCAGAGCAGGCUUGGGGGACACAGGAGCUGCUGCCCCGCAGGAAGUGGCUGCCCCCCCUCAGGAAGUGGCUGCUGCCCCACAGGAAGUGGCUGCUGCCCGUCAGGAAGUGGCUGCUGCCCCACAGGAAGUGGCUGCUGCCCCUCAGGAAGUGGCUGCUGCCCGACAGGAUGUGGCUGCUGCCCGUCAGGAAGUGGCUGCUGCCCCUCAGGAAGUGGCUGCUGCCCCUCAGGAAGUGGCUGCUGCCCGACAGGAAGUGGCUGCUGCCCGUCAGGAAGUGGCUGCUCCGCAGGAAGUGGCUGCACCUCAGGAAGUGGCUGCUGCCCCACAGGAAGUGGCUGCUGCCCCACAGGAAGUGGCUGCUGCCCGUCAGGAAGUGGCUGCUGCCCGUCAGGAAGUGGCUGCUGCCCGACAGGAAGUGGCUGCUGCCCGUCAGGAAGUGGCUGCUCCGCAGGAAGUGGCUGCACCUCAGGAAGUGGCUGCUGCCCCUCAGGAAGUGGCUGCUGCCCCUCAGGAAGUGGCUGCUGCCCCACAGGAAGUGGCUGCCCCCCCUCAGGAAGUGGCUGCCCCAGAGGCCCGCGCUGCUCCGGCGGAGGGCCGGGAGGACGGAGAGCUGCUUAAAAGCGGGAAGAAAAGUCUUUUGGAGUUACUGGGUGCCAUGAAGGUAGAUGUGACGACUAAGCGGAAAGUCAGGACGCAACGGCCUCCUCAGUUUGAGCAGCCAAUGAGGACCAAACCAACAAUGACUGUCGCCACGGAAACAACCAAGGGAAUGUUCCAACAAGCCUCAGCAGCGGCAGGGGAGAACAGCAUGAAGAGAGGAGCAGGCUUGGCCCCUGAGGUAGUUGCUGCAGCAACAGCAGCAGCUUCAACACUCCCUAAUCGUGGCCAGGCAACCUCAGAGUUGCUACGACAACUGAGACGCCAUGAAGCCCAGUCAGAGACCCAGCAGCGAGGGGCAGAAAGCAUCAGCAACAUCAUCGCUGAUAUGAAGGUGGGUAGACAAGGCAAUGGACGCCCUGAUGCCCGGCCAGCCAAUCAGAUUCGCUUUGAUGAGGAUGGGCGUGGCUACACAGUUGACAGAGGCAUCACCAGUGAACUGGAUGGAAUUCGACGAAGGAAAAGCGGCUUCUCUGGCAAGCGGUUAAACAUCUUUCCCACAAAGCCAGAUGAAUCACCCAGUCCUGACACAGGUUUGGGUCUGUCGCUAUGGGAACUUGAUCUGGCCAGUCGCAUAGCCAUGGCAACCAAUCAGCUUCCACAGAACGGCUUUGAGGAGAUGCUGCUCUGGACCAAACAGGGCAAACUCUGGCAGUAUCCAAUCAACAAUGAGGCUGGUCUGGAAGACGAGGCGUCCGUGGCGUUUCACGAGCACGUCUUCCUGGAACGCCACCUCGCGGAGGGCUUCCCCUCUCAGGGGCCGGUCCGACACUUCAUGGAGCUGGUGAUCGCCGGAUUGGCCAAGAACCCCUACCAGACGGCCAAUCAGAAGCAAGAGCACAUUGCCUGGUUCAGAGAUUACUUCCAGGAGAAGAGGCCGGUGCUGGACGAAGCGGAGGCGUACGUCAGCCUAGAACCUUAAAGGACCUUAAGAACGUUAACGGACCACAAGGCUCGAGAAGAAGAACCUUUGACGAGGCCAAGGAGUGCAGUAUAAGGACCUGCAGCACAGCAUUCAUCAAUUAGGGGGAAAUGCACACGAAACAGAACAGGAUCAAGGUCAAAGGCAAACUAAACAAUAACAACAACAACAACCACAACAACACAUCAGAGAACUGGCAGAUAAACAAUAACAAACACCACAACACAUCAGAGAACUGUCAGAUAAACAAUAAACAAACAACAACAACACAUCAGAGAACUGUCAGAUAUGGGAAGAUAAACAAUAACAAACACCACAACACAUCAGAGAACUGGCAGAUAUGGGGAGCCAAAUACGAGUACCAAUUUAAAAAAAGCCUUUCCCAGCAGUCGCUCAUGAUGACUCCCUCUUCCUGCAUGAAUAAGAUGGACGUGCAACAACCACACUCUCAUGUCCAUUUCAGAGAGCAAGAGAAUCAUUAUUUCAAAUAAUUUAACAACUCCUGAUACGAGAGAAUGAUUAAACGCCAUCAGAAAUCAAAUGCCUUUCUUUGGCCAUUUCAGAGAGCAGAGAAUCAUUAUUUAAAUCAUUUAACAUCUCCUGAUACGAGAGAAUGAUUAAACACCGUCAGAUAUCAAAUGCCUUUUUAUCUUUGGCUGUGCCCUGUGUGUGUUUCUUCACUAUAUUGAUGUAUAUUUAUGUUCUUUGUUUGACUACUUUGACUGUAAAUCAAAACGCUGUACAGGCUCACCACUUUACACGAACCAGUAAUAAAGCUGUCUGCACGUUA